AUGGACGCUACCGCCGUAGACAGCGGGGAGGCUAAACUGGAAGGCGUUGACGAGGCGCCCUGCUACUACCCGACCACCGCGCAGUUCGCCGAGCCUCUGGAGUUCAUCGCCUCUAUCAGGCCCGAGGCGGAGCGGUACGGGAUAUGUCGAAUCUGCCCGCCACCAGGCUGGAAGCCAGCCUUCGCUCACAAGCCGGACAAGCUCAAAUUCGCCACGAAGGAGCAGGAUCUGGGAAAGCUGGCGGGUGGGCAGCGGCUGAGGCGAAAGUUCACCGAGAACCUGCGGAAAUUUCUGUUCCUGAUCGGGAAGCCGAUGGAGGCUGCCCGCGGGGGAAAGGUGUUCAUCGACAGCCACAACAGCAGCCACGGGUGUGGCCCGGUGGACAUGUUCCGCCUCUUCAAGGAGGUCCAGAGGAUUGGGGGUCACGAGGCUGUGACCCGCGACGGCGGCUGGGUGGCCCUCGCCGAGAGGAUGGGGUUCGACUCGAAAGCCAUUGGGCUGCAGGACGCCUACUGCACCUACCUCGCCGACUUUGAGGCGGUCCACGACGGGAAGGGUUUGGACUUUGACGGCGUGGUCUACACGCCGACCGUCUACCGCGAAAAGCCCAGCGUGGAAGCCGAUAUCCGGGUGGGUAUGACCCUCUGGCACUUCCUGGAGGAGGACCACGGUGCCGGCCGCUGCUAUCACGGCACCGUGAAGGCCCUCCGCGGGGCGUCGAACUGCAUCGUGGAGUACGACCUUGCCGAGCGCUUUCCCGAACCUCACGGACGAGACGGCUCUUGGGACGCCGCCGGCGGCGGCGGGGGCUCCGCAGCGGCGAGGGGGGGGGGCAGCAGCAACGGGGAUUCCGCGGUCGGCGGUUGGAGCGGGGCCGGGAGCCACUUGGACUCUGAGGGUCGUUGGUCGCGGAAUUUCCGAGCGUCGUCGUGUGAAGAGGUGGAGCCUUUCCGGGUGACGUUGCCGAAGACCCAGCUCUCCACCUUGAUUCUCAACGGAAAGUCCCCCGCGGCCGCGAAGCUCGCGGCCCACGGGGUUGUGUGCGAGGUGUGCAGCAUCGCGGCGGCGUCGAAGAAUGUUCUCGUCGUUUGCGUCGCGUGCGACAGCGCCUAUCACCUGGGCUGCGUGGAGCCGGCGCUGCCCAGGAUGCCGUUUCACGACUGGUUCUGCGGGGAUUGCGCAACGGACGGGAACACCGCGGAGGAUCUAGCCAGGGGCCCCAGCGGGCUCUUCUCCUCUUCCACCUCUUCCCCUUCGCUCCCGUUCGUGUCCUCGCCGUCCCCGAAGAAGACGAGCAAGCACGUGGCAGCGGGCUCGAUCUCGAAGCCGCCUUCGGUGUCCAAGCUACCGGCGGCGGAAGCAGCGGCGGCGGCGGCGGCGGAGGGAGGCGAUACCUCCACUCCGGCUGCCGACAUGCCCGGUGGGUCCGGCGAGAGCGACGCCUCAGCGGCGACCCCUGAAAAGCAGCGCGCCCCGGGCUCUGCCGUCGGGAAUGACUCAGUAGGGACGAGAAAGCGGGCGGAGGCGGUGUCUCCUAGACCAAAACGGGCGGAAUCCGCCGCCGCCGCCGCCGCCGCGCCAAGGGCGGAGAACGGUAAGUCGUCGGCCGGUGGCGGCGGGGGCCCCGCGGCGGCGACUAGCACGGGCGCAGCAGCAGCGACCUUGAAUACGCCCAAGAAAGAGGAGGAAGAGGAGGACGGGAGUUCCAGCGAGGGAGGGGGUGCGGAAGGCGGCGCCAGCCUGUCGGCGGCCCGCAUGCGAGGGGUGUCGCGCAUGAAAGGACGGGCCCUCAAGUAUGGGUUCGGCAACGGCGGCGUAUUCACUUUGAAGGAGUUCGCGUUGAUGGCGGAUGGCUGGCGGUCGAGCUACCUUGCCCGAAGGGGGCUCGGAGAUGAGGCCACGGAGGCGGAGAUGGAGGCGGAGUUUUGGAAGCUGGUGGGGCCGGACCCUCCAGAAGAAGACGUGAAGGUGCUCUACGGCAGUGACCUUGACACCGGGGCGGUGGGCAGCGGGUUCCCCUGGACACGCGGGGCGGUGGCGGCGCCCGGGAAGCCGGCGGUUGAGCAGACUGAGCGUCGGAAGCCAAGGCGAGGUCCGGGGACCCGCGAAUGGGACUACACAAGCUACGAGGGUCACUCCUAUGAAGAAGACGCUUGGAACCUCAACUGUCUGCCAACCUCGGACGGUUCCUUGCUUCAGUUUCUGGGGACUCAGAUCCAGGGGGUGAUGGUGCCUUGGCUCUACGUGGGCAUGGCCUUUAGCGCCUUCUGCUGGCACAACGAGGACCACUACCUGUACUCGAUCAACUACCUGCACGCGGGGUCUCCCAAGAGAUGGUACGGGGUGCCGGGAUCGAUGGCCGAGAAGUUCGAGACUACCGUGCAGCUCAUGUUUCCCGAGCUUUUCGAGGCGCAUCCUGACCUGCUCAUGCAGCUGGUGACGAUGGCGCAUCCCACGGAGGUGUCUAAGAGAGGGGUCCCCGUGUCUUCCACCACCCAGAGGGAGGGGGAGUUCGUGCUGACCUUCCCGCAGGCUUACCACGCCGGGUUCAACAUGGGAACCAACUGCGCGGAGGCCGUAAAUUUUGCUCCUCCCGACUGGAUACCGUGGGGCAACGCCGCCCAGGAGCGCUACCGCCUCCACAAGCGCAAGCCGGUGUUUUCGCACGAGGGCCUGGUGCUGUCCCUGGUGGACAUCCUCGCCAAGAAUGCCGGCGACGGAGUGCACGCCUCGGAGGAGCUGACGAGGUUCCUUAGGAACGAGCUUACGGUGCUGGCGACCCACCAGGAGGAGAUGACAAAGCAGGCCCAACAAAUGGGCUGCACACGUUUCGAGCCUAUGGAGAAGUUGGUCGAGCGCCUUCACGGGGGCCGCAAGGCAACGGCAUCCACCGAAGCUACGGCAGCGGCAACAUCGAUAGUGAGGCGGAGCAGCUCCACCUGCGGAGACAAGGGCAACGGUUGCGCUGACGGCGAAGGCGCUAGUGGUGGCGGCGGCAUUCUGGAAGGCCUAGCAACCGGCAGCGCGGUGCGAGGCCCCCAAUGCAGCGUCUGCGACCAGUACUGCUUCCUCACGGCCGUCGUGUGCGACACGUGCGACAGCGGGGGGUUGGGGCGCGGCGCGCCCGCGCGCGCGAGCAGCGGCGGCGGCGGCGGCGGCAGCGGCGGCAGCCCGAGCGUCUACGGUGGAGCGGCGGCGGCUGCGAGAAGGCGGCACCAGCGGCGGCGGUUCGCGUGCGGGCGGCACAUCGCGGAGCUGUGCGCGUGCCCGGCUUCGGAGUACACGUUCUACCAGCGCAAGGACGAGGCGCAGCUCCGGAGGUCGGCCAAGGAUCUUACCUCGAGCGAGGAGUACACGGAGACGUGGGUGGAGGAGGCUAGGUUAGCGCUGGCGGCGGCGAAGAGCACCGGCGGCGGGAUGGUGAACGGCUUCCGCCCGGUCAAGGGUGCCAAGGGCAGCGGAGGUAGUUCUCGUGAAGACGGAGCUUCCCAGUUGCCGAGAGAGAACGGAACCGGCGGCGGCGGCGGCGUCGGCAAGGUUAAGCUUGAGGCGCAGCCUUCUUCGGGCAAGGCCGACGGUGACUCGGUGCGGCCGCGGCCGGCGAACGGCACCGACUGCUCGUCGUCCAGCGACGGCGCGGCCGAGCGCGAAGAAGAAGAAACGGAGGACCUGCAGCUCAGCAACAGCAGCGGCAGCAGCAUGUCCGUGGACGAGGACGAGGCCCCCCUGCCGUCCUCCCUACUGCCGGCGGGCUGGAACGAGCGCCCUUCGCUCAGUUACAUCGGGGACUUGAUCCGCGUCGGGGAAGAGCUGGGCGCGCCGGAGCAGACCCUGGAGAGUCUCCGCGAGAUCGUGGACGCUUGCGCGGGCUGGGUGAAGACUAUCGAGGGGAUCCUGGGCCCCGACGGGACGGCCACCACCUCCGACACCUGUGCGGCGGCCGUCAGCUUGUUCGGCAGCGCGAAACGCGCGGCUGUGGCGGCGGCGGCGGCGGCGGCGGCCACCGGCGGCGGAGACGACGCCGACGGCGGGGGUAGGGGCGGCCGUAGUGGGGGCGGCGGGAGCCAACGGAACGGGGGGGUGCGGGGGGAGAACGGCGGCUCGACGACGGUGGUCAAGCGGAAGGAACAGGUGCCGUUCCACAAGGCGAUCAAGCUGCUGAGCACGGAGGGGAAGCUGCCCGGGAGGCCCGUGGACACGACCGAGAGGCUCUGCGUUGCGAUCAUCGCCGCCUGCCGCCUGCGCCUGCAGGUUCGGUCGCUCCUCGGGCUGGGCGAAGACGAGCACACCACAGCUGCGAGGGCGAUGUGCCUGACCAUCCAGGAAGCCGGGCGGACCGCCUCUCCCGUCGAGCUCGCGUCGAGAUCCGUCAGGCGGCACCCCGAGAACGGGACGGGCGGCGCCGGCGACGGCUCCGGCGAAUCGAAAACCUCCGGCGGCGGGGCUACCGGGGGCCCGAGGGGAAGCUCCCCGUGCCGCGGACAGGGGGGGGGGUCGAACGGCUCCUCCGCGGCCCCUUGCUCGGGUGCCGACUCCGGCGCGGCCUCCGAGGCCCCGACGGCGACAUCCUCGCGGCCGGGGUCGUCCCGCACCCGCACGCGCACCAACGUCUCGGCCCCGACGGGCACGCUGGCGGCGGAGCGCGGAACGUGGAAGCUGCAGCCGUGGAGGCUGUGGCCCGUGCACCAGCCGGCCGCCGCGGCGCUCGUGGAGCCCUGCGUCAGCUCCGUGGUGGCGGUGCCGGAGCUGGCGCUCCUGAGGAAGGCGCUGGCCGCGUUGGCGGACAGGACCGACAAGGCGCUGAGGAUGAUGGAGGGCGGAACGUCGUCCGCAUCUGAGUCUUGCGGCGUGAAGAGGGGACGCGGCGGAGCCACCGUUGGUGUGGGCGGGGACUCCGCCGGCGACGGCGGUGGUGCUAGAGGCAGGUCUCGCGGGAGCGGCGGCGGCGGCGGCGGCGGCGGUGGCGGUAAGGUGAAGCCUUCUGGCGCCCCUGCCGCUGUAGCCGGUUCUUCAAGGGGCGGGGGUGGUGCCGGGGGAGGGGUUCUCCUGGGCGCCGCGCACAAGCGCAGGCGGCACGACGAUAGUUGA